AUGUAACAAAAAUUAAUUAAAGAACUUAAAGAGUUGACUAUUGAUAGCCCUUUACCUGGGGUUAAAAUAACAUCAUAUCCUGAAGCGAGAUUAAUGUAAAUAAUUAUUAUAUAAAUAUAAGAUGGACGGCAAUAAUGGAAGGACCAGAAGGCACACCUUAUCAAGGAGGACAUUUUGAAGUUUUAAUCUGCUUUCCAGAGAAUUAUCCAUUUAAACCUCCAAAAUUUUAUUUCUAAACUAAAAUAUUCCAUCCAAAUAUUGGUGAAGAUGGCCGGCUUUGUGCGUAUUGUUUUUUACCCGAUGUAUUUUGAUUCAAUUAGAAAGUCUGAUUGGUAACCAACAAAUACGGUCAAAUAUGCAUUGGAGAAAAUCUUAAAUCUCUUAAGAAACGUCAAUUUUAAUGACGAUUUAAACAAAAAAGCAAUGUAGAUGUACCGUGAAGACAAGAAUAAAUUUGAAGAGUUUGCUAGAUUUGAAACUAUAAUGUAUGCUACAUGA